CCGAUCACGGGCUCCGAGUCAAUGAGAAUAACGGCAGGGAUUCAUAGAGGACGGUCCGCACACCCCCAUCUUCAAGUUUUGCGCUGUUAUUUGCGUUUUUAUUUGACGUAAGCUUCAAGAAAUACGAGGAGAGCAUCAUUUGAAGGACAUUUCACCGUUACACCGAAAAUCUGACCGGUUUCUAACAGGGAAAGAGCCAGUGGUUCCUCUACAGAUCUUCUUCUCUCUCUCUCUCUCACACACACUUGAAGAGUGAGAAUAAUCAUUCUGAAGCAUGGAGCCCGCUGAGAUGAACGCUAUUCCCAAUGGCAAAGGGUACGAAGCUGGUGAGGAGACGACCGCAACUGCAAUGAAAAGCCAAUCAGAAGAUGCCACUCAGGAUCUUGUAUCAAAUAGCACUGAAAAUGCCAGUACUGAGAGAACCGCAGGUAGUGUUGAAGCGAAUCUGGUGGAAAGUCUGGCAGAGUUUCUCUCCAAUGUGGAUGACAAGAAAACCCCUCACUUCACAGAUUUUGAGGGGAAGACUUCUUUUGGGAUGUCAGUCUUCAACUUGGGAAAUGCCAUCAUGGGAAGUGGGAUUCUUGGAUUAGCAUAUGCCAUGGCUAACACUGGCAUCGUUCUCUUUGUAAUUCUCCUCACUGCUGUCGCUGGUCUGUCUUCAUACUCCAUUCACCUGCUGCUCAAAUCCUCUGGUGUUGUGGGUAUUAGAGCUUAUGAACAGUUGGGCUUCCGAGCCUUUGGGACUCCAGGAAAGAUGGCUGCCGGCAUCGCCAUCACUCUGCAGAACAUUGGAGCCAUGUCCAGCUACUUGUACAUCGUAAAGUACGAGUUUCCACUGGUGAUUCAGGCUUUUCUCAGGACGGAUAAUCCAUCGGGGGAGUGGUAUUUAAAUGGUAAUUACCUGGUGAUCAUUAUAUCGUGCAGUGUCAUCUUGCCAUUGGCUUUAAUGAAGCAGCUCGGGUAUCUGGGCUACACCAGUGGUUUCUCUCUCAGUUGUAUGGUCUUCUUCCUAAUUGCGGUGAUCUAUAAGAAGUUCCAUGUGCCUUGUCCAUUCGUUGAGUUUGCCCAUAACAGGACGAUGGGUUUUAACACAAGUGUGGCGGCUGACCCUGGGGGAGUGCAGAUGACCCCUGAGGAUGACCCUGCAUGCACCCCCCGCCUGUUUAACCUCAACUCACAGACGGCCUACACGGUUCCCAUCCUGGCAUUUGCAUUUGUGUGCCACCCAGAGGUGCUGCCAAUUUACACAGAGCUGCGCAACCCCACCAAGACAAAGAUGCAGCACGUAUCCAACAUCUCCAUUUGUGUCAUGUACGUCAUGUACUUCCUGGCCGCUCUGUUUGGAUAUCUGACCUUCAAUGAUAAUGUGGAAGCUGAGCUGUUGCACACUUACAGUCGGAUCGACCCUUAUGACAAUCUCAUCUUGUGUGUUCGCCUGGCUGUGCUGACUGCCGUCACACUCACUGUGCCCAUCGUGCUGUUUCCUGUAAGAAGAGCAAUUCAGCAGCUGUUCUUCCAAAAUAAAACCUUCUGGUGGCCCCGUCACAUCGCGAUAGCCGUCAGUCUGCUCUCCCUCAUCAACCUACUGGUCAUCUUCGCCCCAAACAUCCUGGGCAUCUUUGGGAUCAUUGGGGCUACAUCAGCGCCGUGUCUCAUCUUUAUUUUCCCGGCAGUGUUCUACAUUCGCAUUGUGCCCGAGGAAGAGGAACCUAUGCGUUCAGUGCCAAAAAUCCUCGCUGCUUGCUUCGCCUUGUUAGGAGUCUUAUUUAUGACAAUGAGCCUGGGCUUCAUCAUCAUUGAUUGGACGUCCGGGAACAGCAAAGGAAACAGUGGUCAUUAGGCCACACCCUCUAAUGGUUUAUGUUUUUAUUAUAUAUAUAUAUAUAUAUUGAUUAUUUGGGGUCAGUAGUUGGGGAGGAUGCAUAAUCUGUCAGCGUUCAGUUCUUGAAUUGUCAGUACGGCCUCUUUUUCCAGAUUCUUUGAUUUAGUUCAAUCGAUGCUUUAUUUGACCUUGUGACCUGCAUGUGCUGCACAGCUCUAUUGUCAUGUGGUGUCGCACCGUCUCAGGCCGGCAUUAAUAGUCUAAUCUACUAGUUGUUCUACUUUCUCUUUUAUUUGUAAUGUUUGCAGACGCGGCCCAUGACAACCCACAAUUCCUGUGCCAUAGAAGCAGCACAUGCAGUUUGCAAACAAAAGGGAUUUUACAUUCUUAUCAAACCAUUUCACAAGGCCAACAUCCUGUUUGAGUGUAGUUUCCAGCAUCACCCCUCUUCAUAAUGGGACCUUUUACCUUUUACCUUUGCCCUUUGGCCACAUUCAUCAAAAGAUUAUCAUUAUAGUAACUGCUCAUUUAUAACAGCAGGAUGGGUGGUUAUUACACGUUUUAUUCUCAGAAUUGUGAUGUCAUCAUAUCUUAUCUUAGAUACAGCAAUACUCUGUGCAAUAUCUGGGAGAUAUCCAACACUGAAGGCUGUUGAGAGGUCAAGAGGUCGUUGCCAUGGCGACACAUGACCUAGUCCACAAUCCAGACCCCAUUUGACUGCAGUCUAUUACACAAUUUCAAAUGUUUGCAGACUGUACAUAUAGGAAAAAGAUGCACUGUACAUGUGUCACAUUUUUAUAUAUGUGUUACAAUAUUUAGCAAUAUAUAUAUAUAUAUAUA